GUUUACUGCAGUAUUUCUAGUUUCUUCAGUCACAGGGAAAAACAGUGGACUGUGAAGAGCCUUGUUGCACAAAAUCCUUUGCGACAAAAGGUCAUACAGCACAAACUAGCUCAUGGCACUAUUUUAAAUGAAGGAAAGCUCUUAGUACUUCGAGAAGGUAGAAAUCUCAGGAUCACGUCACAUUGUAGGUAAGUUUAUAGGAUCUUGGUCUUUUCAAGUAAUUUCAUACACAGUGGUAUGUGUAAACUGAUUUAGAGUAACUGUACAUACUAUAUAUACAUAUAGCGGUAUAGUUGUCAUCGAAUUCUGUAAUCUACACAAAGAGAUUCUAGGGAAUCUGCCUUAUAACAAAACUAAAAAAGAAAUAUUUGUGCCUGUAACUAAAGAACACUCAAGCCAAGCUGCUUUGGGUUUUGGGGUUUGUUUGUUUUUUUUUAGAUUCAGGGGACAAAGCUUUAGAGGUUGAUUAUGAACCACAAGGGGGAUCCUGGAUGGUUUGAAACAGUAAGGUGUAGAACACAACACUACAACAGGAAAGUCUAAAAACUUAACAAAAAAGAAAGUGUCUGCUGAACCAUGAAUGCUCUCGUUUGCAUUGAGUCUUGUGAGAAGAUGCAAUUUGACGUUGGACUCCAGCAGGAAAAUACUCUGGUGCUAUCUAGUGUGGGUCUCCAAAAAAAACGGGAAAAUAGGUUCUCUUAUAUGUGAAGUCCUAAGGAAAGAAUCAAGGUUUACCUUAUUUAAGAUAGCCCAGAUUGGGGGAAAAAUAAAAAUCUUGGUUGUGGUUUGAUAGGCACAAGAACCUGGUGCUCAUUUUGCAGUGACAGCAUCUGUUAGGUUCUUAUGCUGGUUUACUGUCAUGCUAUUGUUAAAAUGGUAACUGAAAACUUGAAAACUUCCUAGAACUAAAAAUAAUAGGUUAGUUUUACAAAUAAAACUUAUUAGGAUGCUGUUGUAAGUAGUUUGGUUUGUUUCCUUAAAUUGAGAAGUACAGUUUUAAAUCAGGAGUUUCUCAUGAGUGAGUAUUAAGAUCCGUUAAGUAUAUCUUACUCCACAGCUUUGAGAACAAAUACCACUGAGGAAGGGCUAAAUACUUUUUUUUUUUUGAGGUCUACUCCUAAACACUGAGUAUUUUCAAAUGAAAAUUAGAUGUUUUACAGCCUGAAAUUCAUACAUGUAAAAGCUGAUCAGUACCUGGAUAGACUAAUUUUUAAUGUCUAGUUUCAUUCUAUUCCCAGGAAAAUGGGAAGCAAAAAUGAUUAUUAACAGUAGGCUGUAAACUCAUAGAAAUAAAAAAAAAUCUAGCAGUCUUAGCAGUAAAGCUGUUUUUGUUGUUGAUUAAGGAAUGUUAUUUAAUGUUCUACUGACUAUUUUGCCUUCCCCUUUGGGUGCUUUUGUUUACCAUGGUUUUGAUAGUUACAAAGUCAUAAGUUUUCAUCUUUUGAUGCGUUUUGUUGUGUCAGAUUGAAGAUGGUGAUAUGUAAUUAUAUUUUCUUAUGACUUUUAAUUAAAACUCAAAAGCAACAACAACAAAAUAUUAAAACAUAGAGUAUUUUUAAAUAAUUAGUUUUAAGUUUAUGGGGCAUGAAAUAAAUCAGAAAAGCAAGUGUUACAGAAUCAUAGAAUGGGCUGGGUUGAAAAAGACUAAGGUCAUCUAUUUUCAAGCCCCCUGCUCUGGGCAGGGUUGCUAACUACUAGAGCAGGCUGCCCAGAGCCACAUCCAGCCAGGCCUUGAAUGCCUCCAGGGAUGGGGCAUCCACAACCCCUCUGGGCAACCUGUUCCAGUGCCUCACCACUCUCUGAGUAAAAAACUUUCUCCUAAUUUUCAGCCUAAAUCUCCUGUCUUAGUUUAAAACCAUUCCCCCUUGUCCUAUCACUUCCAACACAUGUAAACAGGCGUUCCCCUGUUUAUUAUCAGAAGCUUUCAUAGUUCCCUCUGUUGUGAGUAAAUAAACUUGUAUUUAAGGAAAGCGCAAUUCUCAUGCCUUUGAGAUUUAAGAAGAUUCAUGUUUAGUGAGAAGUUUAAUCAGCAGCUUGACUGCCAAUAAAUAUGGGAGGAAUAGGUGUUUGUGAGCAUAGCAGAAAGGAAUUUUAAGUUUUAUUAGCCAGAAAUAGGGUCUUAUUAAAAUCAUGAUUAAAAAUAGCAUAGAACCAAAAAACAUCUCAAGGGGAGAGAUUUCAAAACUCACUUCUCAGGUUAAUGGGGAUUGCAGUUGGUUCUUUUUCUUGAAAUCUUUAGUAUAAGUUCCAAAACUGUGUUAAGUGCAGUAAGUACUGGAAACAAUUGGAUUGCUUCAGGAUGAUUCAAUGGAGGUUGGGCUAGAUGGUCAAGUUACAGCCUUUCUCAGGCUUGAAAUGUAAAAGUCUGUUUAGUCUUUGCACAGUAGAGACCAGUCUGCUGAAAACGUUUUAUUCUUUUGGACUGAAGUUGUCCAUUAAUUACAAAAGGGGAAAUGGGAUGGGGCAAGGAGAAGGAGACUUGUUUUUUUUGUUUGUUUAUUUUACAGGCAGUAAAAUUGAAUCCACUGCAGCCACCAAAUCCUAGAUUCUCAGUCACGUUAGUAACUCCAGCUGGCAGAGGUGGAUAGAGGUGCAUGCCAUGUUUCCCAACUGGUUGGUCAGGUAGUCCAGGGCUGUAAGAAUUCCUUCAAGAGCAUCAUGGUUUGUCUUUUUGCAUGUUAUCUUACUCUUAGCGUACUCUGAUGUGGGGUUCAUGGCUAGAUUGGCUGUAGUUUCUCAUCCUUAGUUCCACUGUUGAUGAUGGCACCUGAGCAGUCCAUUGCUACAGUGAAAUGAGGAUGACAACCUGCCCUUCAUUUGGAGACAUUGGUUGAAAAAGAUGUCUGGACAAUCCAUCUUCACGUUUCAAAGGCAGGUGGACGCUUGUGGGCAGACUGCUUUCAGGACAUCGGUUUGAGUGAAUUCUGUCUGCGAGGUAUUUAAGUGUUACAUUCCAAUCCUGCAAAAAAAUUGUCAAUAGCUACCUGCUGUCAUGCUGUGCACUUAGCGGAGGACUCGUCGAUAUGCAUGGCAUGUGUCUGCCUUUUGGCUUUGGAGUGUGCUUCUUUGCGAUGCUUAUCUGGGGCAGUGGAACAGAGGUGGGUGUUGGAGGGCUGAAGUUCAUUGUAAAUGACACCUAAGAGUGGGAAGGCAAGGAUCUUCUUAAGGAAACUGGAAAUGGAAGAUUAGAAGCUAGUGUCAUCUCCAGAUUUGCCCAGAAGAAAGGUCUCUAACAGAUAAGAUCUAAGAACAUAAUCUGUAAGACAAAAAAGGUCAGGGAAGCAGUUGGAAAAUGGAGGUAGAGAGAAUAUACAAAUUACUGUACAGCUUGCAGACCUGUGACUGUAGAGUUUGUCAGCUAGAUGUUUGAGGCAUUUAUUAAAAAAAAAAAAAAGUCAUCUUUAAAGCAUUAACUUUACAAAAGAAUCAGAAAAUGUAUUAAGUCUCUGCAAUGGGAAAGAGAUCGUUGCUUUUUGCCAAGGUGGGUUGGACUGGGAAAGAACCUGAGUGCAGAGGUAACUGUUUCUGAAUCAUCCAGGGAAAUAAGUGAUGCUUCCUCAAAUUCACAUUACUAAUACCUCAUGUUCAAUAGUCAUAAAAGAUGUCGCUCAAAAUGGUGAAAAAACAGUGUAACUCCUUAUGGUUAAAUUAAGGCACCCUCCAGAGUGUUUUUGAUGCUUUUCGAGAAGAAAACUGGGUAAACUCUUGAAAUUGCAGCCUUCAUGUAGUCAGUAUUCUGGAGGUGGUACGCUAAAAUACUGUAAGGUUUAUGAAUGUUUUACUAAACGCUGCUGACAUUCUAAGAAUCUGCAUUUUGUAUGCAAGAUUUCUUCUAUCCAGGUUGAAACAGCUGCUGGUGGCAUAAGGAGAAUAAAACAGUUGGAGUAAAUAGCCUUGUUUAAAUUUUAACAUAAGUUAAACUAACUUUUGGGCUGGAAGAAACAGAGAGAAUUAAGAACUUUCAGGGAGCAAAGUUAAUUUAAUUCAACCUGACCAGUUAUUGUGAGGCAGUGUAGUUCUCAGGGAACAUAUGCUGACCUCCAUUUCCCAGGGAGAAGGUAUGCAUUGUAGAAACCAUAGCCUGUAGUUGUAUUCAUUGUAUUAAAAAGAGCAAUGAUGGUGUCUGGGAUACAGAAGCUAGCUAGGACUAGAAUAAAGAGCAAGACAACAGUUAUUUCUCCCAGCAGUUUAUGGUAAGUUGAGAAUCGCUUGGGAGAUUGUCCUGGAGCAGGGUUUAAAACAUCUUUGUCUCAUUCACAGAGCCUUUUCAGCAAGUCUCCUGUGACUCCUCAGUUUGUAUCCUGCAUCUAAUGCCUCUGCAGUGCUAGCAGCUGCCUGUGAGUCCCGUGUGUGUCAUUCGUGGUCUAUAAGCUCUGUGCUUUCACUUUUCUGUCUCUUCACGCGUCACUCUUUUGGAUAGCUUUGUUCUGUUAGUUGAGGCUUAUACCUCUAUUUAUUUCACUUGUUUUUUUUAACUUCACUCCUGCAGGCAACGUAAGGAAGAUGAAAUAACAGAUGUCCACUUUCCCUCUGAUUUCUGACGUGAUUUCAGCUCUUUUUGUAGUCUUUUGAGGUCUCAGGCAUGAUGAGGCCCAGCUUACUAUGGUAGCUGUAGGCUUCUAAACAAAGUGCAUAGCACAAUGAAGCAAGGCUUUGGUCCUAAAAGGCUUAUACUGGAUGCUGUGUUAACUGUUCUGCACACAAGAAAAAUGUUUUCCUGUGGUGCUCUGGUUUAAGCAAGAUGUAAUUUAGGAAGCUGAGUUUUGAUAGCUAACCUGCCAGAGCUUGCACCUCUGUUAGAGGGUGGUAAGAGGAGCUGUGUAACCUGGUUACCGUACUGAAGCAGCUCAGUUCCCACAGUGCCUCCCUCCUUUCCCCCAGAGUGAGGAAAAACAUGAGUGCCUAUAUGGAAUGGGGGGCGGAAGGGGAUUAUCCAUCUUUCCAGUUACUUCAUCUGUAAGAAAUUCCACCUUGUUUCACUUACAGGUGCUGUUGCAGUGAGAAAAAAAAGAUGCCUCUUUCUUCUUUCAGAAAGAUGGUAGAAGAAUGCAGGACACUUCACUGGGUCUUUGUGUGUGAAGUACCUAAUCUGGUUGCCCAAUGCUUAGUUCCAGAGGACUUACUAUGAGGAAAUGAAGUGGUACAAUGACAAAUGUCUGGGUAGUCAUCUUGUUCUUUUUCCUGAAUAGAUAAGGCAUUUAAUUAGCUGGCAAGCCUCAAAAGCAAAAAACACUGUGCAGCUGUUAGCCUCUAGGGCUUCCAGAAAGAUUUUGUGAUUAAUCUGCAUAUUGAUCUCUUUUCUUAAAGCACAGAUAAACCUUGUCUUACUGAUCUGACAGAAGCUGGUUGUAGGGCUGGCAGACGGAGUUUCCCCUUCGGAAUGGGUAUAAAUGAUGUUACUCAACCGCUGUGGCAUCUUCCUGGUGGUUCUGCACAUUGUAGAUUGUGAUGGAUGAGGAUGUGUUGUACCUUUUAGGAGGAAAAAGUGAACGUCAUCUCUGGACUGACCAUCACUGCAAAAAGGAACAAGAAGGUGAUGCGUUUGCCGUGAAUGGAUGAGAGCAGCAUGCAGAUGCUGUGAACAUUGGAGAAGUGAAACACAGAAAUCAACUGUUCUGCCAUGCUCCGGAGCAAAGAUCACUGAUCCUCCCUGGUUUAAGGGCCAAAAAUACCCUGCAGGUCGGAAGGUUAAAAAAGUCUGCUGUUCAAAACUAGCCAAAGUCAACAAAAAGGCAACUAAAGGUGUGCCUCCCAAGUUGGCUCCAGUGCAAAUAAGGAAACACUGCAAGCCUUGUGCUCAGCCAGACCCUCUGCGGAUUCCUGGACCCCUUCCGCGGUUAAAAUAAGACUGAGCAGGGUGAAGAAAAGCAUCUGCCUGCCAGCACAUCUCACAGUGCUUCACUUGGUUGAGGGUCUUCCUUUUACAGAUAGGGCCUGAAUGUAUGCUAUUCUUUUUUUAGCUGGGAGGGGCUUCAGUCAAUAAUGCUUACUCAGUCCCCCAGGCUCCUUCAUCUUGUUAACAUUAACCUGCCAUCUAAAGAGACAGGUAAAACUGUCUGGCUGCUACUGGAUUUUUUCAGUUGCAUGUUCCUCUGUACCAAACAGGGAUUUAGCUCCCCAAACAAGACAGAUGAGAGCUGGCUGUAUCGCUUUGGACUGCAUUUUCAGAUGGGGAAGGGCUGAAGUUACUGUCUCUAGUUAUCAGUAUAUAUAUAUUUAACCUUUUAUAUGAAUAACUUCUUUUAUAUAGACAAAUGGAUUUUCUUUGUAGCUAGGCACAUGAUGAAUUUGUUCCUGCAACAUUUGCUCUCAGUGCUUAAAAUCCACUUGGAAGUGGAUUUCUAUCAAGUGAGAAUGAACUUAUGAUUUAGAAAGGGUUGAGAAACUAGAUUCCAAUAGUUGGGAAGGACCAGAGGACCAGAUUCAAGUACAGUGGCAAGCAUUUUAAUGUCUGGAGUAGGGGAGGGAAAAACACCUGUUCUUUAACUUCCCAGAAGAAUGUCAUCGGCUGGUUAUUAAAAGGCAUUCUGGAAAGGUGUAAGGCUAGUCAGAUUAUUUUUUUUCCUCCUGAAGCCAGAAGGCAAUUGUUCUUUCAAGGCACUUGAGUUGUGUGAUCAUGCCGAUAAACAAAAUUCACUGGAGUAUGAAAUUAAACAAAUGUUAAGAAUAAUACCAAAGGGCUGAAUAAAAGAGAAAGAGAAAUGCUCCCUGCUAAUACAAUUAGCAGUCACUGGGGUCUUUUCUCAGGUAUCUCCUGUCCUUUUCCUGGCUGUCUCCUGCAUAUGCUGCUAUUUCUAUGCCCAGGGUGAGUCCUUAAGCCAGAAUUAAUUGGAGGUUUAUGAAUUUGGCUUUCCUUCUAAUGAAUGUGACAAGGUGUGGAAAGCUUUUUCUGCUCUUGGGCAAACAGCACUUUGAAAAUAGUAAUUUUACUCUCAAUACUCAGAGUAAUGCUAUUUCCCUAAGGUAAUUUCCUGUAUGAUAAAGAUGGUCUCAGUGCCCUUUAGUCAUCUGGGGGAGUUGAAUGGGUAUGGUCAUAUGCCUGUUGUAACCACCUUCAGGUAAAUGUGUUACCUGUGGGUCAAAUUAAUGGGUACUUACUUACGGGCUGUGCUUUCUCAUGGUCAGUGUUUCUAUUGUACUGAACAAUUGAAGCAAUUUCUUGGACUCCUACAUGCUUGUUAUUAUUUUAUUUUCUUAGUGCUCUUGUGAUUAGGUAGAUCUGACCCUCAUCUUCCUAGUUUUGAGCUGACCAUGCACAGCAUUUUCAUAUCAAGACUAAAAAAGAUCCUCCAAUCCUCACAAGAUCUGAGCCAAGAGGUUGGUGAAUAAGCUGUUUGAUAAUUCUGCUGCCGAUCUCUGGGCAAACUUUAUUUUUGUCUUUUGUAGCUCACAGAAAGUAUCUCAGGAACACGAACGAUGAGCAGAUGUGAAAAGUAUUUUGGCUAUUAAAUGUUUGCAUCAGGAGUUUACACAGAGCUGUAAACACACGGCCAUAUCUUACAAAGCAUUACUAAGAGGUACGAGGAUUCUGUUCUCUAACAUGAGCUUAAGCCCAUUUGUUUCAUAUUUAAAAAAUGCUAUAAGAUUAUCUUGGCCCCACAUCCUCCAAACAGUCUGCUCCACACUCCGAUCCUCCUUCAAGCAAAAUGUUCUGACAGCAAAAGCAUAAAGUCCCAAAGACCAUCAACACUAUUACAGAAAUACUUUGUCUUUAGAGGGAUGCAGGGACAUCAUCCUAUGUACUGGAAUAUUUUUACUCACCUAGUUUCUCAAACUAGCCUCAAGGUAAGGUUGAGGGCUAUUCAAACUCAAAAGUAAGUUACUUCUGUGAGGUCCUAGUCCUGACUGAACAAACUAAAGCAGGAUUCCUCAAGCUAUUUCACCACUCAUUGUGACUGUUGCCCAAACGGGCUCUUUGCGUGGCCUACAAGUAUCGGGAGGUCAUGCAUCAGCCUCCUGUAGGUGCUUCCUCAGCAAAGUUGGACUUUUAUUUCCUGAACCUUUUUCCCUGUGUGGUAGAACAGAGCUACCAUCUGAUCAUGGCUUUGUUUACAGGCCCCUGUUCUUCAUCUUGCUUUUCUUUCACUACUAUGUAUAUUUGUUUGGCAUUACCAGAGGAGAAACAUAUUACUCAGUGGCUUUUCAAAGUACACAGGCUGUAUGCUUACAUCAAGUAGUAAAUUCAGCUUGCCCAAGCUGACAAAUGCAUUUGUCUGUAUCUUGUGGUUUUCUGUGUUUGUUUGGCUGUCAAGCAUGAAAAUUGCACAGCCUUCAAGUUCCAAUAAAGAUAUUUUGACAUAUCUCUGUGCCUGCCAGAAUAGAUGUUGGAUCCUGGUCUGACCUUGUCAACUAAGUGAGCCAGGUGGCCCCUCGCUUUGUUUUGAGAUUAAUACCCUCAGCUGACACCAAAUCAGUCUGUCUUGUAUAGUACUGUGACUCUGAAUUGUCAGGGCACAGGAGAAAUGAUCACCCGUGACAGGGGGAAUGUGGGGCCGCAGGCAGUUUGUGGGUUUUUCCUUCAAAGUGCAUAUUAGAAGGUGUAAUUUGUACAAAUAACAUAAAAUUUUAUGACCCUCAAAAGUGUAAUGGGACUAUUGCUGUUGGCUCUUCAGCCCUCUAGACUGUCUGGCCCACAACUGCUAUAAGGGUCCGGGUGUAGCUGAAUUCAGGAUUUUAGCUCUGAAGAAUUUCUGUUAAUCUGAAGUAUGGGACACUCACAACUUUUUGUGAUUGCAUCUGCUAAGGAAAACCAAAAUCCUGUAUGGACAAUGUCACUGCGGAUAAUAAAGUCAUCUGACACAUGAAAACAGAGGGAUAAACUUUUGCUCUUGCGGGUUUGCAUACGCUUAUGAAGAAACGCUUGACAGAGCUGAGUGGAAGACUCCUGGUGAUUUAAGUGUUCAUUGAAUGAAAUCUGAAAAUCUGUUGCUUGAUUCAGUUUUGUCCAGCAACUGCGACCUCCAAGGCAGAUCUAGCAGUGUUGCCAGAUGGUGAAUGUAGAUUGGAUUCUACCUACUUUUGACUGAAUUUUACUUAAAGAAGAGUUGGGCUUAAGUUUAGCCAUGACUUUCUUCUUCUCAGUUAAGGUGAGAGGAAGACUUUCUUACACAUCAGUCUUUUUUUUUCUUUUGCAUCAAAUGAGCUUUUCCUCAUUAGAUCUGAGCAGUUGUCUCUGUCACUAACUUCUCUGCAGGACUUGAGCAUUUAUUUGUUUAAAUGCUGGUAGGGAACACAGAGCCCUACUUCAAAAUACAUUAAAUGACAUGCACAAGAGUGUUGAUUCCAAUCAAUGUGUGUCUUUGGUUCCCAGUAGCCAUUUAGCAUGGUAAGACUUAUGUUGGGCAUUGGGUGGUUGUCUGAGUUGCUUUCAAGUCCACUACAGUCAUCAUACUUUCCUUUAAUCUUAGAGCAGGCCAUGAAGAAAUUCACCAAAAUUGUUUCUGUUCUGAGUCUCUGCUAGAAAUAGUGUCUUGGUGUGGUUUGCCAUCAUUCAGCCCUUCAGUUACUCCUUGUUUAUCUGUGUUUCAGAGACGUGGCUAUGAAUAUUUUCAGGUGUUGGGGAUUUAAUUCCAUAUUUUCAGGUUGAUGGUCCACAAGGGAAUGACUAAGGCCAGAGAUCUGCUGUAGGAUAAGCACCUUACUGUCUCAGUGCCAUCUGGUCAGUCUCUGAAAGCGUAAUCAGAGAAAUCAGGUCACUUCAUGCCUGCGAGAGAUCCUGAACUGAACAUGACUUGUCUGUCUUGUGCAGCCUGGCACACCCACAAAAAUCCCUGUAAUUACAAGACACUGACAAACCAACAGUUCGGUUUGGCGACAGUCAGACUAACUGCAUCGGGCACGCUAAGUUCAAGAGCUGUUUAGUUGCAGCUGGCAGUACAGCACAGAUGCUCGCAGGACAGAAUUUAGACCUCACAGGAGGCAUUUAUUAUCAUACGUAUGGAAGUCUAUGUGCAGAAAAAUGCCUGCUCAACAGAUGAUUGUGAUCAACUGUCUACUACAGGGCACAUGUACAACCUUCUAACUAUGUUAUCACAUUUGUGAUAAGUGUAGCACACUCAAAGCAACUAACAGAUCUUGGUUAAUAAGAUCAAACAAUAAUCCAAAUGCUAAACAGCAGUAGGGUUUCCCUCAGCUGACGGACAAGAUGACAUUUAAGAUCUGUCAGUGGCAGAAGAGUGCUUUUCUGCUGAUUUCUAUGAUGUUUGGUCAUCAGCACUGAUCCCAACCUUAGGAUCGAAUCCUAGAUGCUCUUAGAAUCAGACCAUCGGCAUUCUAAGCUGGAGUGCACUGGAAAAUAUUGUCUUCGCUAGGCAGGUUGUCAAGACAAAGCUUGCCAUUUGUCUUGUUGCAGAGCCCCAUGUCAUAUGGCUAGCUGUGUGGCGUGUUCACCGAGUAAUGCUAAAACCCAUUUGUAUCCCAGAAUUUUGUCUAAGAGAUAGAUAGACCUGGGAAUAAUUUUUUCAUGAAAAAAUUAAAAGUGAAGUCCAUCUGUUUACAGAUGCUAUCAGAGAAACACAACAGCAUGCAGCAGUGUCUGCAAGUCCCUCAUUAAAGCAUUCCCUUUGUUUUUACUAACUUCAGUUAUCAACUUUUCAUUACUUGAGAAAAAAAAAUGAUGACAGUUGUCACUUGCCUCUUAUCUUGAAGUUGUUUGAAUACACCAAGAUUAAACACUUAAGCAUCUUCCUUUGUCUUAGUAAGCAGUACUAGUGUAUAUUUAACUUUUUCUGUAAAAAUCAUCAGAUGAUUGGAUGAUGAAAGAAAAAAUAUUUGAGUUGAAGUUAUAUCUAGCAAAGAAGGAUAUGUGGUUGAUAUUAGCCUUUUUUCUGUUCCCAGACAUGAGUUUACAGUUUCUGAUACCAGGACUUCUUCACUGACUGACCUCAACAACUGGAAAAGCCAUCUUUUGUCUCUUUGGGCUGAUAGUCACCCACCCGUUCUUUAUUUAUGUGGGAUCUUACCUCAGAAUGGUUUUGCUGUCUGAAUUUCCUCAAGUUUUUUUCCUCGUGCUGAACUAUUAUAAUUUGACACCAUUAAUUUCUGUCCACAAGACCAAAAGAACUGCAUGUUAUCAAUAAGAUAAUAUAAAAUGGUGCAGCAUUGCAUUGACUAUUUCCAGGCAUCAUUUUUUGUACCAAAAACAGCUUCUGUUACAGGACUUGAGCAUCUCUGUUUCAAGACACCAUAUGAUUGUCUCAAAGUCAUGGGAUGAGUAGGGAUUUUUCUAUUAUUUAAUUUAUAUUUCAGCCUUCACUGCAAUAACUUUGGAUCAAUGUAAUCUCAGUUAUCAGAUGUGGAAAUCUGUUCCCAGAUAUAUUAUUUAUUCCUCAAAUUAACAUCUGUUGUUGAGAUUGUUGCUAUAUAGUUCUAUUGAUUUUACUAAUAGGUUGUAAAAAAAAAAAAAAGUGAUAACUACAGUGCUUUGAGAUAAAGUACUUGAAGGUGUGGGAGGAAAAGGUGAGAGCACAGGGCUUUUAGGUAGAGCUAGUAAGUACGAAGAACCAACCUCUGGCCUCUUGCCAGGGGUAACUGCUUGCUUUGAAAACUCUGAGAACCAAUACACUUAGAGGACUACUGACUGUCUAAAAUGUCUCCAGCCAAAGGCUAGAUAAUUACUAUAAAGUGUACGUGGAAAUGGAGUGAUAGUUACGUGAGGUUUUGAGGUAAGGUAUAUUGCUUCAAAGUUGAGCAUUUAGGCCUCUUCUGAAACACACCUUGUUUUCUAAUCUUUCAGGUUAAGGACAAGCACAGCUUUGAUGCAAGACUCUGGUUGCUCAGAUUACUUCUUGUUAGCAAUGGCAGGUGAAGGCUGCGGUGCCCCCUGGCCAGCUGGAUCUCCCAGACCCUAACAAGUUCAGGCAAAUUAUGCCCCCUAUUUCUUUGACAAUGGAGCCAGAAGCACAAAUGGGAACAUGGCACUUCUCAGCCUUUCGGAGGACACACCUGUUGGUACCCAUGUGUAUACCCUGAAUGGAACUGAUCCUGAAGGAGAUCCUGUGACAUAUGGCCUGACCUAUGAAGCCGGAUCAAGACGCUACUUCUCUGUUGACAGAAAUCUUGGAAAUGUUACGCUAAUUGAGGAACUUGACAGAGAGAAAGAAGAUGAGAUUGAAGUUAUUGUCAGUAUUUCAGAUGGCCUGAGUACAGUUUCGGAAAAAGUUAGGAUCCUUGUAACAGAUGCUAAUGAUGAGAGCCCGGAGUUCAUCAAUACACCUUACAUAGUCCAAGUCCCAGAGAACACUCCCUCUGGCAGCAGUAUCUUUAAGAUCGAGGCAGUGGACAGAGACACUGGUUCUGGGGGAAGUAUCACCUACUUCUUGCAGAACAUCCAUGCUAAUAAGUUUACAAUAGACCGUCACAGUGGUGUCCUGCGCAUCAAAACAGGGGUCACCCUGGACUAUGAGAAAUCAAGAACACAUUUUGUCGUCGUCGUAGCCAAGGAUGGUGGUGGGAAGCUCAGGGGAGACAACAAAGUGUUUUCAGCCACAACAACGGUUACUGUCAAUGUGGAGGAUGUUCAGGACACACCUCCCAUGUUCAUCGGGACUCCCUACUAUGGAUAUGUCUAUGAGGAUACACUCGCAGGCUCUGAGGUCCUCACUGUUGUUGCUCUUGAUGGAGACAGAGGAAAGCCUAACAGUAUUCGUUACUGCCUCGUGAAUGGAAGCGAAGGUUCCUUUGAGAUCAGCAACACAACUGGAGCCAUUUCUGUUAUAAAAAGCCCAAAUCAGCUCAAGAAAGAAGUGUAUGAACUAAAAGUUCAGGCAUCCGAAGUCAGUCCAGAAGGUGACAUCUCUGUGUAUGCUUUUGCCAUGGUGACUAUAAGGGUGGUUGACCUCAACAAUCAUCCUCCAACGUUUUACGGAGAAAACGGUCCCCAGAACAGAUUUGAACUGACCAUGUAUGAGCAUCCCCCAGAGGGUGAAAUCUUGAGGGGACUGAAGAUUACAGUCAACGAUUCAGACCAGGGAGCAAAUGCUAAAUUCAACCUCCGUCUUGUUGGACCUGGUGGCAUCUUCCGAGUUGUUCCCCAAACUGUCCUGAAUGAGGCUCAGGUUACAAUAAUAGUGGAAAAUUCUGCUGCUAUUGACUAUGAAAAAUUCAAGGUGUUAACCUUCAAGCUUCUUGCAAUAGAGGUGAACACACCAGAGAGAUUCAGCUCAACAGCUGACGUAGUGAUACGCUUACUGGAUACCAAUGACAAUGUCCCGAAAUUCUCCUCUGACUACUACAUUGCCAGGAUCCCUGAGAACUCCCCAGGAGGCUCAAACGUAGUUGCUAUAACUGCUACAGAUCCAGAUUCAGGACUUUGGGGAGAAGUCAAGUACUCUAUCUAUGGAACAGGAGCAGAUCUGUUCCUAAUCCACCCAUCAACAGGUAUAAUUUACACCCAGCCCUGGGCUGUAUUAGAUGCUGAAGUGAACUCAAAGUAUAAUUUCUAUGUGAAAGCAGAGGACACAGAUGGGAAGUACAGCCUGGCUGAAGUGUUCAUCACUGUGCUAGAUGUCAAUGAUCACUCUCCAGAGUUCAAUGAAAACAUCCAGGAAAAGACGAUGAUCAUCGGGUCACCGGUGAAGAUAGAGGCUAUAGAUCAAGAUGCAGAAGAACCCAACAACAUUGUUGAUUAUUCCAUCAUGCAAGCAGACCCAGCCAACGUGUUUGAUAUAGACCAAAGCACUGGGGAAAUCAAGCUGAAAUCCUAUAUCCGUUCUCUGGACAUCAUCCACAACAUUACAAAGAACAAAGACUGUAUAUGGUCAGUGGUGGUGCAGGCCAAAGACCGAGGCUCCCCUUCCUUCAGUACCACAGCAGUUCUGAAGAUCGAUAUCACAGAGGAGACUCUUCACAAAGGGCCUAUGGCCGCCUUUUUGAUGCAAACUAAAGAUAACCCCAUGAAAGCCUUAGGAGUGCUAGCUGGUGUCAUGGGCAUAAUGGUGCUGAUAACUAUCAUGAUCUCUACUGCCAUGUUCUGGCGCAAUAAGCGCUCCAACAAAAUCAUGCCGGUAAGAAGGAUCAUAAAAAAGAGGCAGCCCCAGCCGUCCCGCACGGUCAGGAUGGAGUGGCUGAAGUUCAAGAGGCCCAGCAAUGCCGCGGAGAAGUUUGUCGUCGAGGAUGAUGCACAGAGCCUGCAGAACGAGAACAGCAACAACAACGUCCAGGUUGCCCCCGUGCCACCAGCCGCCCCUGUGCCCCCGCCGCCUCCUGCCCUGGCUUCCAGCGGGGACGCCGCAGGGUGGCGGGUGCCAACCGUGUCCGGCUCCCUCACCCCCAAGUUCAUCAAAAAACAGCUGAAGAAGCGAGGUCACAGCAGUGCCCACAACGCCCUGGUGUCAGAGCUCAAAAUGAGGUUUGAGAAGAGGAAUGCGGCUAUCGGCGAGCCCCACAUCUAGGCGCUUUCGGCAGCCCCAGAGACUGCGCCUUGUGGCUGUGCGUGGAUAUAUUACGUGCCGUGGUCCUCCCUGUGUCUGUCAGCACCCUGUGAACUGAGAGCAGCUUCUUGCUCCGAUAGUCCCCCUCACCUCCUGAAAGUAUUACAUGCUACGAAGUUGCCCCACCUGUACCAAACGCUGUGGUCCAUGCCCAGCUAGGACUGCACUUCCUUUGUGUCGUGUCCCAGUGCUGGUUCCACCCUGCAGCUGUCUGAUGGGUGCUCAGUACUAUGCCCCUGCGCUAGGCAGUCUCCCCAAGCGACCAGCAGCUCAGCUUGCCCCAGUUUGGGAAGCCCUUAGCUGGAGUCCUGUUCUGCAUCAAGGUGCUCUGCAACCGAGGCACUGGCAGAUGCCACUUCUCGUCUGGUCCAGCACGGGGGUCUGAGGUGUCCGAAAACCCCCCUCAAUUCCCAGGCCCAGUGUUGAAGAUGCUGGCCUGGCUGUGGCACCAGGGUUGGUGUGCGGGGCUCCUGGAGCAGCGGCACGGCACGCUGGGAGGGAGCUGCACGUAGCUGGUGCCUGCUGCCCUUGGGGCGCGAAGUGCAGGGUAGCAGCUGGCAGAACGAUGUGCUGACGGCCUUGGUACCCCUCAUCCUGCAGGUAAGCGGGCAGGCUUGGAGAAGUUCUUCAUUUUCCUGCCGUUUAUGCUGGAUUCUGCCGGAGCACAUUGGCAUGAUGCUGCGCUUCGCUUCCACCCUGGACUUGCCUGCUAAUCAGGGAAGGGAGGACCAGCCAGGCCAGGAUGCAAGCACAGAAAUUCAGUAGCAGCACUCACUCAAUACUGCCUCCUUCCGACUCUGCAUCCCCUAAUGAGAGGCAGGCCAGCAGGAGGACUUGAUUAAAGCAGCAGGGAAGAUAAGGUAAAGGCGAGAGAAAAAUGAUAAGUGAAAAAUAGAGACAAGUGCUGGAAAGUCACAUAUGUCGGUCAGGAAUGUGUCUGGAAAGAUUACUUGUUUUUUUUUUUAUGCUGCUAGCAGGAGGUGUCGGGGAAUGUAUUUCAUCACCUCUCCUGGCUUGCUCCAGGGACUGGUGAGUGCAAAAGGAAGUUUCCAUAAAAUAUUCUGGCUCGUCCUAGUAGCAUUUUUGACUGAAUUAUGCAACAGCUAACUGGAAAGGGUGUGGGGAGGAUGACAAUUUUUUCCUGUUAGGUGACAGUAAAAAGGCACUGAAGGCAGAGCAGAUUUUUUUACUGGCCCUCCCCACAGUUUCUCUCUCGUGUUUGUUUCUGAGGAGCUGUUUUUCAGCUGGGCCUGGCUGUUUCCUGUCGCCUGGGGAGAAGGCAGCAUGCACUGGCCUAGCUGGGGAGCAGCGCCCUAUGCUCAAGCCCUGACCCCGUAAGGCAGCUGUGCUGGCUGCCGUGGCUUUGCUGUUGUGGAUGGACACCAUGAGCAUCAGGAUGGGGAACAAACCCUAAGUGACAGGCUGCUGUGUUCAUUCGAGGCUGCUUUUUGUCAUUUCAGCUGGACCAGCGGACCUGCUCCUCUGGGGCUCCUCUUCCUUCACCCCAUUAGCUGGUCUUAUUCCCUUCAGCCAGACCAGGGUUUCAUCACCUUAGCAGAUAGCUGGUUCAAUGAGCCAUCACCAACAGAGAGAAAAAUCCUCUAUUUUUUAACUUCCAUUUACUCCACCCAGCAGCCAGAGGGUAACCGUGGUUCUUGUCACCCACGGGCUGAGCCAGGAGCUGCAGCUGAGAGGGGCCGCAGGGCCUGGUGCUGCCCCGAGUUUGCUGCAUAAGCUGGCACCAGCCCUGGUGGUGCCGGGCUUCGGGCCAUGCCCGUGCGCUGGGUCUCCUCGCAGCGCGAGCCACCGGGCCCAGCUCUCCAGGCACGCAGUGCGUCAGGACUCAGCCCCCUCUCUGCGCAGGUCAGGGACUGCGGGCUGCAGAGCAGCAAGGAGCAGCAGUCUGCUGGGUGUGGGGAGCAACACACAUAAAAUGCACACUUGAACGUUUCUCUGAGGUGGCCCCUUGGUAUGGGACUGCACGAGGAGCUGCAUGAGGGGCCGUGCAGCUGUAGAGCUGUCGGUAAGGACAGCGCAGUCUGAGGGCCGUGCCCUGAACCAGGCAGAGGCUUCACAGGGAGCAGAGGCAGUGGCAGGGGGGUGAUGAGUGCCCAGCAUGGAGGGGCAUGGCAGCAUGGCAGCCCUUGUUGGUGCCGAUGGCUCCUUUUCCACCAGGUCUUUCAUUUUCUCCACCCUUUUCUCGCCUUCCCUCAGGGCCCGUUGCUUACCCCUGCUGCUGGCUCCCAGGCCGUUGCAUUGUGCACUGCGUCCACCUCAUUCUCUGGCCCUGAGCCAUUUGGAGGGAGGGGACACGCAGCCCUGUCACCGCCGCUCAGCCUCGGUCCCACUCCCACGGCCCCACAGGCUCCUUUCACUGGCUGUGUCUCCUGCAGGCUCUGCAAUGUUUCAUGGGGCACCAAAGGCUUGUGAUCUAUUCCCCAUACUACUGUUUUCCUGAUGUCGUGUUGAAGCCAGUAUUCAGUGGUCAUUCUCAGAUGAGGAAAGCCUGUAAAGACCAUUCAAUUAAGUGAGAUUUAGCAGGAAUUACAGGCUUAGUGUUAGAGAUUAUAUUUAAGAGGGAAUAAAGUUGUUUUAUUACUAUGUUGUGAGACUUUUCCAGUUACUUUGUACUUCAACUUCAGAGGGUUUUUUUUAUAAAUUAAAAAAAAAAAAAUUACAAAUGA